AUGUCAACCCGCUGGGACCGUGAUCGGAUGGAGUACGAGGCCGCCCGCGCAGAGCGUGGCCGCUUCGAAGACAGAGACAGAUAUCAAAUGCGCGGCGGGAACGGCCGCGAUCACUCAGACGAGCGCUACGACCGUCGCUAUCACAGAGGGUACAACGACGAUGUUGUACGAGAUCGCAGAUACUAUGGCGAAGAGCCGCCAUAUCCCCCCCGUCGCGAACAGCCACCGCCUCGCCCAGACUAUGACCGCCGCCCACCAGUAAUGGAGAGAGAGAGAGAGCCCGAGAGGGAUUACCCCUCUCGCCGCCCAGCGUUCCUCCGCCGCCAAUCAUCUUUGGAUACUUUCGACCGCCAUCCUUUGCGCUUCUAUGAUCGAGAGGAAUAUCCGCCCCCGGCCCGUAGGGAGGACAUCCAUCGAGACCGAGAUGCACACUACCGAGCUCCUCCCUACACAGACAUUCCCCUCCCCAAGACUCGAAGCAAGGCUCUCCCCCCACCCAGGAGGUACAACGAUCAAUACUACAAUGACAUCAAAAUUGCCGAGCCCGACUACUUCGGAGACGAGGAUUUCCGUCCUUACCCGGAUCAGAGAGUUCAUGAGCGAGAGAUGGUACGGCAUCGCAAGCGACGAGACAGCUUCGACUCCUCUUCAAGGUCGACUCGUACCCGGACCCGACGCGGCAGUUCCCCUUCAUCCGCCACCAGUAGCCGGUCUUCCAGCAGCAGCGGAGGCACCACCAUCAAAAGCGAGUAUCCUAAGAAGGGAAAGACCCGCAUCCCCGCUCGGUUGGUAUCAAAGCGUGCUCUCAUCGAUCUUGGAUACCCAUUCCUUGAGGAGGGUAAUACUGUUAUUGUCCAGAAAGCCCUUGGACAAGCAAACAUUGAUGAGCUUCUAAAGCUCAGUGAGGACUACAAAAAGAGCGAAAUGGAAGUUGCUGCAGCACGUUCGCUAGCAGGAGAUCUUGCUGAGGAGCGAAAGGCUGAGAAGGCAGCCGAGAAGGCAGCUCUCCCUGCCCCGCCUCCUGUUCCUACCGCCGCUCCUGCUCCGGCUCCAGCUCCAGCUCCCGCCCCUGCUGCUGCUCCUGCUCCUGCUCCUGCGCCAGGUCCCGCCCCUGGUCCAGUUUAUGUUCCUGCGCCAGGUCCGGCUCCUGGUCCAGCUUAUGCUCCAGCCCCUCCCCAGGCUGCAGCCCCGCCACCUGCUGCUACGAGAGCUCCGCCUCCAGCUCCGGCUCCUCCUAGAGCCGCCGCACCAGGUCCUACGGUUGUGCAGGCCCCUGCUCCGGUCAUCAUUGAUGCCUCUCCUCAUCGAUCUCGUUCUACCAGCACAAGCUCCAGCAGCAGCGGCAGCCAUCACCAUCACCACGGGGGCCCUGUGGCUAUCAUCGAUAGAUCCCGUUCGCGAUCCAAGUCCAGGAGCAACCGAGAGAUUCGUGCCGAGAUCCGUGCCCUGGAGCGCGAGCUUGUGCACCGCCCCAGGGACAUUGGGCCAGUAAGAGGAAGGGAGGUCGUUCAUGCUGAACGCCUUCCCGAUGGUCAGCUUGUUGUGUAUGAAGAAGAGGUGGAGAAAGUAAUCCACCACCAUAAGCCUCCUCGCAUUGAGAAGGACAAGAAGGGACCUUCGCCAGGACUCAUGCGAGCAAUGUUUGCUACCCUAACUUAA